AGGCAAUUUAGCCACUUCGGCUCAGGCAUAGGCUCUUGCAAUGGCUGCCCAAGAGCGAAGGAUGCGAAGGUCGGCAGCGCCGCUGCUGCUGCUGGGGGGCGCAGCUGUCUCCUGCGCUCCUGCGUUCGUUGCUGUCACUUCAGCGCCGCGUACUGCGCCGGCACGGGCGGUGGCGCCGGUGAGCCACGUGGCAAGCGCCGGGCCAGAGACGGGCAGAUCGCAGCUGGCCGGCGCGGCCGUCGCGGCGGCCUCCCUCCUCGCAGCCAACGCGGCCCGGCGCGCACGCACCGCGCGGCGCGCGGAGGAGAAGGGAGCGCUGCAGCAGCUCUUGGGCAUGAAGGGCGCGGGCGAGACGGAUGACACGCCGCUGUGGAAGAUUCGGCUGCAGCUUUGCAAGCCCGUCACGUGGCCUCCGCUGAUCUUCGGCGUCAUCGCAGGCGUGUGCGCCAGCGGCAACUUCGACUGGGGACAGGCGACUGGAGCGGACUACGCCAAGUUGUUGACCUGCGUUCUUUUGUCCGGGCCGGUGUUGGUCGGCUACACGCAGACGCUGAACGAUUGGUACGACAAAGACCUGGAUGCCAUCAACGAACCCUACCGUCCCAUCCCCUCGGGACGCAUCACGGAGGAGGAGGUUUGGCAGCAGAUCUACGUCCUGGGCGGCGUAGGUCUUGCCAUGGCCCUGGCACUGGACGUAUGGCAGGGCCACUGGCCUCCCACCGUCUUCGCCGUGGCGGUGGUGGGUGUGCUCAUGGCUUACAUCUACUCCGCGCCACCGCUGAAGCUGAAGCAGAACUGGAUCACCGGGUGUUAUGCCCUCGGCUCUAGCUAUAUCGCCCUGCCCUGGCUUGCAGGGCAGUGCACCUUCGGCGAGGUCACGCCAGAGAUCAUCGCUCUGACGCUUUGGUACUCCGUGGCCGCAGUGGGCAUUGCCAUCGUGAACGACUUUAAGAGCGUAGAAGGAGACAAGAAGCUUGGCUUGUCCUCUGCCCCAGUAGUCUUCGGAAUUGACACUGCCAAGUACAUGGCCCCGGCCAUCAAGGACACGGUGCAACUGACCAUCGUGGCGUACCUGCUCUACAUCGGGGAGUGGCCCUACGCUCUUGGCCUUUUCUGCCUGAUCAUUCCACAAGUCUACUUCGCGAAGACGCUCUUCAUCGAGGACCCCCUCAAGAACGACGUGAAGUAUCAGGGCUCCUCCCUUCCAUUCUUCAGCAUCGGGACCAUUGUGGCGGCCUCCGCCAUUGGCAACAACCCAUUGCACUGAGGCCGAAGGAUUUUCAUUUAGCGGCGCAACAG